UUUCCGCUUCCGGCGGUGGCGGGAGCAGCCUCGCUCUGGUCCCUGCGGCUGGCGGCCGAGCCGUGUGUCUCCUCCUCCGCCGCCGCCAUAUUGUCUGUGUGAGGAGAGGGGAGCGCGGCCGCCGGCGCUGCCGCUGCCACCACAGUUUGAAGAGAACAGUUCUGAAACAAAGUCUUACCCCACCCUACAGCUGCCUCUGAACACAGUGACUGCCAGAUCUCCAAACAUCAAGAUCAGCUUUGUUCGCCAACCUGUCUGACAUGUCGGGACCCGUGCCAAGCAGGGCCAGAGUUUACACAGAUGUUAAUACGCACAGACCGCGAGAAUACUGGGAUUACGAGUCACAUGUGGUGGAAUGGGGAAAUCAAGAUGACUACCAGCUGGUUCGAAAAUUAGGCCGGGGUAAAUAUAGUGAAGUAUUUGAAGCCAUCAACAUCACAAAUAAUGAAAAAGUUGUUGUUAAAAUUCUCAAGCCAGUAAAGAAGAAGAAAAUUAAGCGUGAAAUAAAGAUUUUGGAGAAUUUGCGAGGCGGUCCCAACAUCAUCACACUGGCAGACAUUGUAAAAGACCCUGUGUCACGAACUCCUGCCUUGGUUUUUGAACAUGUAAACAACACAGACUUCAAGCAAUUAUACCAGACGUUAACAGACUAUGAUAUUCGGUUUUACAUGUAUGAGAUUCUGAAGGCCCUGGAUUAUUGUCAUAGCAUGGGAAUUAUGCACAGAGAUGUGAAGCCCCAUAAUGUCAUGAUUGAUCAUGAGCACAGAAAGCUACGGCUAAUAGACUGGGGUUUAGCUGAAUUUUACCAUCCUGGCCAAGAAUAUAAUGUCCGAGUUGCUUCUCGAUACUUCAAAGGUCCUGAGCUACUUGUAGACUAUCAGAUGUACGAUUAUAGUUUGGAUAUGUGGAGUUUGGGCUGUAUGCUGGCAAGUAUGAUUUUUCGGAAGGAGCCAUUUUUUCAUGGACAUGACAAUUACGAUCAGUUGGUGAGGAUAGCCAAGGUUCUGGGGACAGAAGAUUUAUAUGACUAUAUUGACAAAUACAACAUUGAAUUAGAUCCACGUUUCAAUGAUAUCUUGGGCAGACACUCCCGUAAGCGAUGGGAACGCUUUGUCCACAGUGAAAACCAGCACCUUGUCAGCCCUGAGGCCUUGGAUUUCCUGGACAAGCUGCUGCGAUAUGACCACCAGUCACGGCUCACUGCAAGAGAAGCCAUGGAACACCCCUAUUUCUACACUGUUGUGAAGGACCAGGCUCGAAUGGGCUCAUCUAGCAUGCCAGGAGGCAGUACGCCUGUCAGCAGCGCCAAUAUGAUGACAGGGAUUUCUUCAGUGCCAACCCCUUCACCCCUCGGACCUCUGGCAGGCUCACCAGUGAUUGCUGCUGCCAACCCCCUCGGGAUGCCUGUUCCGGCUGCCGCUGGCGCUCAGCAAUAAAGGCCCCUUCUAUCUCCUGAGGCCUGAGCAGAGUGGGCCACUAUCCCUCAGUAUUGAAGAUGAUUGACUGGAGUAGCACAAGGACAAUGCUUAGCACCACACCAGACUCAUAAUAGAUGCUCAAUAAAUGGUAAUUUCAUCCUCUAUUCUCACCUCCACCUUACCCCUCCCCACCACACAAAAAGUUAAUAAAAGUGCUGUUGCAUAAAGAGCAUCUCAAGGUCAGUAGAAACUUGACCUGAGGCUUGCAAGUGUAAUUAUGAGCCACAAACCCCAGACUGAAUUAACAUAAGAAAAGGUUUCUUUAAUGAGUGGUUGGUGAAAUUAUAAGUGACUGGAGGCUAAACAAUGAUCCUGACCAGAUUAUGUACAGAAAAUGAUGCCACAUCUAAAGAGAUGCUAUACUUUUAUUCGUGGCUGUAAAGUGUCUUAUGCUAGAAAGGGGAAAUAUGCAUACAUUAAACGUGACAGGUUCUCAACAAAUGCAGGUCAAGGGUCUAAUUUGAAUUGCCUUGUUCCCACCCUCUACAAUUUCCCUCUAAGAUUCUAUCUGUCUCCUCUGAAUUUUUAAAUUUUCUACUAAAAGCCAAAUAUUCUUGCACUAUAGCAAACUGCUAUCUGGAUUUGCCUCUCUGUGGCUAUAUUCACCAGGGAUUCUUACUGGCCUUACUGUAAGAAGCUCUCCCCAGGUACCUCUAUAUGGGAGUUUAUAGGAUGGCCAAUCUGUUUAUUGGAGAAGUUCCUAAGGUGAUUGGGUAUUUCUGAGUCAGCUUCAUUCUUACAUCACCUGCUUUGGCAGUGUUUUCUUGGCUCCUCUAAAAAGGAAAAGCAACAGCAGCUGGUAAGUGGUUCCCUGAUCCCACCCUGUGAGUCAGAGUCAAACAUUUUAGGCUUAACUAAAAAGGCAGGACCUUGCUUCUGUGUAUUGAGCAGUUCUAUGAAGGAAUCCAAAUAGCCACAGCUCACAUCUCAUGUGUACCUCAUUCUGUUUCUCAUUCACCCACUCAGCUUCUCAACCCAGGGUUCCUUAUGUACUCACCUGUAAGAUGCCUUUCAACAAACUGUUGUUGUCCAUGAGAAUCAAUCCUGUGGAGUAAUGUGUGCUUUUCAAAUGCAAAAGCAGGAAACGAAAUUGUGUAUGAGGAAUCAUUUCAUCUGUGUAAAAAAAAAAACCCAGGGUUAAAAAUCAGAUUGCCCAGUCAAAAUUGUAGUCAGCUAACUCCUCCUGCUCCAAAUAUUGAGGAUGCUGACUAAAAUUAACGUAAUUUACUUUCAAAUAAAUAGCCAAUUUCAAGGAAAGAAAUGGAAAUUCCUGGGUGACAGAAACAAAUUCAGAAUUCAUCCUGAAGGUAAGUGGAUGUUGAAGUCACAGUGGCCCCUAAGACACCAGGCUUGCAAACAGAUGAGCCUUUGGGGAUAGGGUUAGAAUGCCCCCAGGGAGAUAGGAGACAACCUCUGGGCUUUUCAAGGUGGAAACUGAAACAAUCCCCUGGCACUUGAAAGGGCUGUUGCUAGAAAAAAAGGAUUGGAAGAAAACAAAAUAUUAAUUGUGGUUGCCUUGGGGUUGAGGUUAAAAUAGAUGUCACAGAAAAACAGUAAGAGAAAGGAGUCCUGAGCUCUUAGGGAAGGGAAAAUAGUCAGGGAGUCCUUCCCAGAGUAGGGGCUGCUGGAGCUGGCUAAGAGGCCCACCCUUAGCAAUUCAACCUGCCAGGGCCAGCACCUGCGAUUUGAACCCAUUUCUCCGGGCUUAGUUCUGCUUCCUGGAAUGCUUUUGCAUACCUGUGCUGCCAGGAAUCCUGUUCAGGUUUCUAGCCAGUCAAUACAGAUAAACUUUUUUCUUUCUCUUGCUUUUGCUCUGUGGUCCUUGGAACAAAAAUGUUUAUCCUCACAGAAAUAUCUAGGUUCAACUGAUCUAAACUAGGCUCAGCCAAGCAGCUGUACUUCAGGUUGAGGAAGAUUGGCUGGGCUGAGCAACUAUGUUGAUUGGAUUCAGGUUUGUUCCAUGUGGGGGAGGCUCCUUCUGAGUCCCAUGCUGAAGUUGCAGCAGCUACCCAAGGCAUGAUCUUUUUUUUUUUAAUCCUCACCAAGGUUAUGUUUUUACUAAUCCUUAGAGAAAGAGGAAGGAGGGGAAGAGAGAAACACGAUCAUUUGCCUCCCCUACACAACCCAACUGGGGAUCAAACCUGCAGCCUUUUGGUGUAAAGCAGUGGUUCUCAGCCUUGGCUGCACAUUAGAAUCACCUGGGAAUCUUUUUAAAAUCCUGAUUUCUGGGCCUCAUCCUGCGGAAAUUAUGUUUCUUUGUUACUAAUGUUGUGGCCCCACCCCAUAACAAAGAAACAGAAUUUCCAGAAGAUGAGGCCCAGAAAUCAGGAUUUUAAAAUGAUUCCCAGGUGAUUCUGAUGUGCAGCCAAGGUUGAGAACCACUGGAAGGCAUGCUCUUGUGGAUUGCUGGAGCACAAGAGGCCAAAUGAAAUCACGUGGGCAAAGAAAUAUUUGGAGGAAUAAAUUUGGGUAUUUUCCAAAAUUGACAGACACCAUACCAUAGAUCCAAGAAACUCAACACCAAGCAGAAUAAAUUUGUACACAAAAGGCAUAUCAUGUUCAAAAUGCUUACACAGAAAAUCUUAACGGGCAACCCAGGGAAUAAAGUGGCACAUACAGAGGAUACUUAAGAAUUACCAGACACCAUUCAAGCUAGAAGACAAUGGAAUGGCUUUAAUGCUGAGAGAAAAAAACAAACGCAGAAUCCUAUGCGCAGUACAAACAACUUUCAAAAAAGGAAAAAUAAUGCCUUUCUCAGAUAAAAACUGAGGAAAUAGAUUGCCAGAAGACCUAUAAGAAAUACUACAGGAAGGUCUCCAGGCAUAAGGAAUAUGAUAUCAGACAAAUUUAGAUCUAUACAACAAAAUUAAGAAUACUGGAAGUGGGCCCUAGCCAGUUUGGCUCAGUGGAUAGAGCAUUGGCCUACAGACCAAAAGGUCCUGGGUUCAAUUCCAGUCAAGGGUAUGUACCUUGGUUGCAGGCUCCACCCCAGUCCAGGCCCUGGUCAGGGCUCAUGCAGGAGGCAUCCAAUGAUGUGUUUCUCUCACUUUGAUGUUUCUGUCUUACCCUCUCUUCCACUCUUUCUAAAAAUCAAUGGAAAAAAAUGUCCUCAGGUGAGGAUUAAAAAAAGAAUACUGGGAGUGGACUAAAUGAAAAUUUUUAAUUACCUUUAACUGAAGUCUAAAGUAUGAAGUCGGCAAACUUUCUGUUAAGGAACAGAUAAGUAUUCUAGGUUUUGCAGGUCAUGAUCUCUACUGCAACCACUCUACUGUUGUAGCAUAAAUAAAAGCAGUCUUAGGCAAUAGGCAAAUGAGCAUGGCUGUUUCAAUAAAACUUUAUUUUUGGACUGAGAUUUAAAUUUCAUAUUUUAUGUGCCACUAAUCUUUUGAUUUUUUUCUCCUCAUUUAAAAUUGUAAAAGGCCAUAGAAUGUCAAGCAGUGGGCUGGUUUUGGUUUGUGAAUGGAUCAUCCUUUGCUAACCCCUGGUCUAAAGCAAAAAUAUUAGCAAUGAAUUGUGUGUUUAUAGCAUAUGGAUAAACGAAUUGUAAAACCAUACGAUGAAAUGUUGAGCAAUAAAAAGAAAUAAACUUGAUACAUGCAGCAACAUGGA